AUGACAGUAAGCGCAAAAUUAAACCACGCUGUCACGAACUCGCAGCAAGAUGCGUUUGCGAUUGCGAGUUCUGGAGGGGUAAAGUUUUUCAACACGGUACCCCUCUCGCUGCUGUCCAGUGUAGAUAACGAAGUAACAGGAAACGCGAAAAUUGUGGCAAUUCUCCAUCGCUGCAAUCUAAUUUGCUUUGUUGGCACCGGAAAAUAUCCGGCCAAUACGGCAAUUGUAUAUUGCACAAAGCGGCGAAGAAUUGUGAUGGAAUACACAAUCCCCGGAGGGGAGAUACGAAAUGUGUUAAUGUCGUCAACACGAAUAGUAUUCCUCCAGGAUAAGAGAAUUCACAUAUUUUCGUUCCCAAAUCGAAGCAAAUUAAUCAGGUCCGAAGAAAUUCGAUAUAAUCCAACAGGAUUGGCCGCAAUGAGUGUCGACGAGCUUUUUGGACAACAAUUAGUAUUUCCCGGAUUUAAGCUCGGUUCAAUUCGUCUGAUGAAUUUAAAUUCGGUGAAUGAGCACGAAUCCCUGUCUCCGUGUAAUAUUGAUGCGCAUAAGAAUGAGAUUGCGCAAUUGGCAAUCAAUUCGCAAGGGACACUUCUUGCCACCGGUUCAAUUUUGGGAACACUAAUCAGAAUAUUCGAUACUCGCACAUUAAAACCAUUGACCGAGUUGCGGCGAGGUAAUGUUCAGGCGCAUCUGCACACUAUCGUUUUCUCGCCGUGCUCGUCGUUCCUGGCGGCGGCUAGUGACAAGGGCACUGUGCAUAUUUGGGGAAUUCGGAAUGCCAACGUGUCGGCGACGAACGCAAUGCUAAAACAUGUCGGGAUCAAAGGCGACCGCGACAUUGCGAAUCUCACCAUCGAGCCGAGGGUAUUGACGAUCGCAUUUCACAAAGGAAACUCGUCGUCACUUCAAACGCUCGUCAUCGCCUGCGCAGAUGGCUCAUUUCAUCGCUACACAUUCACCACAGAAGGCAAUGUUCAACGACAAGCCUACGAUAUUCUGACAUCACCGGUCAACUAUUUGGACAAAAUGGCGCCAAUCAACGGACUACCAGAUAUUUCAACCGAGCGCAUUCGCGAGGCAUUUCGCGAUGAGGUCUCGAAGCGAAUGGGAGAAUUGCUUCUAAAAGGGCACACAAUGCUUGAUGAAUAUUGCCAAACGUGCAGUGGAAUUAUCAUGGAGGAUCGGCAGCAACAGCGUCGAUGUGUCACGUGCGAGUUGUAUGCGGAAAAAACAAAUGACGGAUCGCGAAUUGCGGCGCAGAUUCCAUUGGAUGCCGAAGAUUUGGAGGAGGCUGCUCCUGGAUCGAUUACACCAAAAGAAGCCCUGAUGGAUUAUUCGCGAAGUGUCGACUACGAUGAUUACGAGGAAAUCGCAAAGAAGCUUAAUUCUGAUCUACGCAAACCGUCUACUACUAAGAAAGCAGUAUUUUCAAAAGAAUUCAAAAGCAAAAAGGCGACGAAUUCGGCAGUUACGAUAUCUAUCGAAGCGAUACAGAAGAAGAUGAAGUGGGCUUCUGAGGAAUUGAACAAUACCACUCAUCUUCCGCUCAUUUUGGAUUUGAUUGAUGUUAUCUCGAAAUCGGCACAAGCUUUGAAAUCUCUUCAAGAGCUUUAA